AUGGAGCCGGGCCGCCAGGCGCUGCCGCUGGAGAACGCCUCCAUCCUGUCCGAGGGCGCACUGCAGGACGGGCACCGCCUCUGGAUCGGCAACCUGGACCCCAAGAUCACCGAAUACCACCUCCUCAAACUCCUUCAGAAGUUUGGCAAAGUAAAGCAAUUUGACUUCCUCUUCCACAAGUCUGGUGCUCUGGAAGGGCAGCCCAGAGGUUACUGUUUUGUCAACUUUGAAACCAAACAGGAAGCAGAGAAGGCGAUCCAGUGUCUCAAUGGGAAGCUGGCCCUUUCCAAGAAGCUGGUGGUGCGGUGGGCACACGCACAAGUCAAGAGAUAUGAUCACAAUAAAAAUGAGAAGAUCCUUCCAAUCAGUCUGGAGCCAUCUUCCAGCACGGAGCCGCCCCAGUCCAACCUAAGUGUCAGUGCAAAAAUCAAGGCCAUUGAAGCCAAGCUGAAAAUGAUGGCAGAAAAUCCAGACGCAGAAUAUCCUGCAGCACCUGUUUAUUCUUACUUCAAACCACCAGAUAAGAAAAGGACUACUCCUUACUCCAGAGCUGCCUGGAAAUCCAGAAGAUGAUGCUUAUGAAUGGAUGAUGGUAGCAAGAAACACUGCUUUGUAUACCUGGAGUCCUCCAAUGCUUUUGUACUUUUGUAGAGUGGGAAGGACAAUGCCACCUGAGCAGGGCACGGCCAGCACAGCCCUCUGUCACACCUGAGGGUCUGCACGUUCCUGCCUGUGCAGCUCACAGCUGAAGGCUGUUCAGAGAAAUAGGUUCCCUUCAAAGCCUCUGAUGAACACAAAGGCAACCUCUCGUUAGUGUGCAUUCAUUAGCCAGAUUAGAAACAGUAACCAGCGUUCGGAGUAAAGCACAUCCAAAAAUACUCCAUUUAACUGAUUACUUUUUAAAGUAUUUUUGAACAAAAUGUAUUCCAAUUCAUGUUUUAAUUGAAGGGGAAGCACUUGGUUUUGAUUAACAUGCUGUAGUUAUAAUGGAAAAACUUUUUCAUCUCAAUAAAACUCAUUUUAAAUAGA